CAGAGAUAGCCGCCACGCCACGGCCACGCGGCCUCGCCGCCCGGAGCCCAGCCCGCCUCUCCUUCCCUGCCCGUCCGGCCCUCGGCUCCAUCCCCCCCGCCCCCCGCUGCGUGCGCCCCUGACGGCCUGACCCCGGCCGCCUGUCGCCCCUGGCUCAGGCGGUCCGGCCCUCUGCCCCCCUGCAAAUCCGGCGGAGGCCGCCGCUGCUCACUCAGUCUCGCAGCAAGGAGCAGUAUAAAGUUUUUCUUCUGUCAAGAGGGGCAGGUGUUCUCUCAUUUCCUCAAGUAGAGCAGAAGCAGUAUAAAUUUAUUUGGUGAUAAUGGAACCAAAGCAUUCUGCUGAAAUGUCCAGGCAUUUGGACAAGCAAAGUCAUGCCCUAAUGGAAACAUACCGAGCAAUGUCCCAUGAGUUGCAUAAACUACAGGUUGAAGAGGAAACAAUCAUGCGCAAAUUGUAUGAGCUGAUGUCUGCAAAAGGGCUUCUUCCAAAGCACAAGGAAAAAAGGCAGCCAGAGAAAGCAGGGGAAUCAAGCCAGGAAAACGAAGAACAGGAACAAUAGAAUGUCAACUGUGAAUCUGCAAUAUAUGAUGUUACAUGGGGAUGCAAGUUUGGCUGAAUAGCAACCGAUCUUAGGUAUCCAGUCCAAUGGAUAUACUGUAGUGAACUUCUCGUCUCAGUUCCAGCAGUUUGUUUCCCUGUAAUUUUCCAAACUGCACAAUGGAAUCUUGAAUCUGGCUAUUGUUCUGUGAGGAAUUUUGAGACGUUAGUAGAUUCCUGGACAGUGAAUAUGAAAUGCUUAACAGGCUAGAUAAUUUUCAUCA